AUGUGGCCUCAAAUUAUUGCAGCGGUACAAAAGGUCUUCGAAUUAGGCCAUAUGCUUGUAUCAGAUUGGAGUAAGAGAAAUCUCGGCGGCACGAAUUUGAUGAAUACCGAUCAAAUGCUGGUCACACGGCGUGCAGUCCCUGGAAUACUGGAGUUUGUCACAACUCACCCACUAUGCGGCGGCGGUGGAGGCAGCGAUGCUGAUCUUUUGGUUGUUUGUGUUACUCGUUAUCAUGUUGGUGUUGUUGUCGAUAUGGCUCUUGGGCUGCUUUCUACCAGUCCACGCGCCUGGCUGGGCACAUCCCUGUUGGCUCCGUAUUCGCGUGGUUACAGUCGUUCGGCGCAACUAGUCGAUGGUAUAUCUUGUAGAAUGCUCAGGAAAGCGGAAGGUGUUAACGCUUCGAGCAGAUUUAGCGGCGUGGUUAAUAGCGUCAGCCGAGCAACAGGGACGAAGACAGUACUUCACAAAGUAUCGAAGAGGCAUCGGCCGACAGACCUCAAAUUCCUUGCUCGUUUCACCCAAUCGUUCUGGCUAAGCCUCGCUGAAAAGAGUUUCCAUGAGCCUGCUGUCUCACCUGCAUUUUGUUCAGAGCACGGAGGCAUUCGGUCGGGCUAA